AUGAAUCUCACGCACUCAGAGAAGUGCUGUGCCUUCGAAACUCCCAUCCUGGACCAGGUUUUGCCUGCAGUACUGAUCCCCGAGUUUGUGUUUGGACUGAUGGGGAAUGUUGUCGCCCUGUGGAUGUUCAUGUUUCACAUGGACUCGUGGAAGCCCAGCUCUGUGUACCUGGCUCACCUGACUGUCGCUGACUCAGUUGUGCUGUUCUGCCUCCCUUUCAGAGCAGACUACUACAGCCGUGCAAAAAACUGGCUCUACGGCGAUGUCCCCUGUCGCGUCCUGCUCUUCAUGCUGGCCGCCUGCCGUGCAGCAGGGAUCUUCUUCCUCACUGCUGUGGCUGUUGAUCGUUACUUCAAGAUUGUCCAUCCAUUGUGCAGGAUCAACCGAAGGGGCCUGAUAACUGCUCUCUGGGUCUCCCUCGGCCUCUGGGGUCUGAUUUUUCUCGCCACGGGGUACCUUCUUACCGAUAAGCACUUCUUCUACUACAGCAAUCGUACGCAGUGUGAGAGCUUCAACAUCUGCAUGGACUUCAGCCCCCUUGCCACCUGGCACAAUACUCUGUAUGUUGCCCAGUUUGUCCUGCCUGCUGUAAUCGUAGCCUUCUGCACCAUCAGAAUCACAUGGCAGCUGAGAAACAGGACUGUGGACAAGACGGGGAAAAUCAAACGAGCUGUGCAGUUUGUCUUGGCUGUGGCUUUCACCUUUAUUACCUGUUUCCUUCCCAGCACCGUAUCACGUAUCGCUGUAUGGAUUCUCAAGGUAUGGUACAACGACUGUGAAUACUUUGAAGAGGUCAACCUGGUGUUCUACACCACGGUGUGUUUCACCUACUUCAACAGUGUCCUCAACCCUCUGGUCUAUUAUUUCUCGAGCCCUGUCUUUAGUGGCACCUUCAGGAAGAUGGUGAAUAAACUGUUGAAAAGGUCUGAUCUUGAUCAGACCUUUUCAACAGAGAAUGACAUUUCCACCAUCGAUGGUAGAAGGGUAUAAAGCUGGCUGCUCACUCUGCAGGAAUACUCAACAUUUAACUUACCAAAUGAAUACAUAGUGCAUGUUCAAGGCCUGGCUAUUGAUAAAAAUGUAUUAA